AUCCGCUCCAGAUGACAUCAGUAUUACCGGGGAGGGGUAGGGGGCGCCGGUUGACGCCAUUUUCACGCUCCCAGCAUUCCCCCCGUCGCAGCGCGGAGCUGUCACUUGCACGAGCCGCUCGCUUUUUCGGUCGCACGCUACGGGUCGUGGAGCCGCCGCGGCUAUGGAGAAAGCUCCGCGCAGGGUCCACCUGAGCGCCUCCGUCUAGACUCGGUGUUUCCUUCCAGCAGAAGGCUGCCAGGCGCUAGCAUGGAGCUAACUGGACUGUAGCUCUUAAUGAACGCAGGAAGGUCCAGCUAAGCAAAACACGCCCGACCCGGACGAGGCACUGUUUGGGAUCUCUGUCUCUUCCGCCUGAUAUUCCUCCCAGCUGGGCUCCGCUGCAGACAGAAAGAGGGGAGAGGAGGGCUCAGAGAGAAGCAGAAGGUAAAUUGGAAGGACUCACAAGCAACGAAUGUCCCGCAGAACGGAUGCGUGAGGACAUGUCCACCAUGGUUUGCGUGAAGGAGGAGGAGGACCCGGGGGAGAAGCUGUCCCAGGAUGAGAUCAUCUCCCGGACCAAGCAGGUGAUCCAGGGACUGGAAGCUCUGAAGCAGGAGCAUCAUUCCAUCCUGGACGGCCUGCUGGGCACGCUGCGUUGCCUGAAGCAGGACGAAGAAGGAGUCCUGGUGGAGGAGAAGUCGCACAUGAUCCGCAAGUCCCUGGAGAUGCUGGACCUCGGUCUGAGUGAAGCUCAGGUGAUGAUGGCCCUGUCCAGCCACCUGAGCUCGGUUGAGUCGGAGAAGCAAAAGCUGCGGGCCCAGGUGCGCAGGCUGUGCCAGGAGAACCAGUGGCUGAGGGACGAGCUGGCAGGAACGCAGCAGAAGCUGCAGAAGAGCGAGCAGAGCGUGGCCCAGCUGGAGGAGGAGAAGAAGCACUUAGAGUUCAUGAACCAGCUGAAGAAGUACGACGAGGACCUGUCGCCCUCAGAAGAAAAGGAGUGUGACACCAGUAAAGAGACCCUGGAUGACCUCUUCCCAGACGACCAGGACGACCAAGCUGCAGGCAGUGAGUCUUCUAUCUUCAUCCAGCCAGCUCAUGGUAGUGCGGCGGCAGCAGCCGCCCAGCAGGGAGGCUACGAGAUCCCCGCCCGCCUCAGGACCCUCCACAACCUGGUGAUCCAGUACGCCUCCCAGGGCCGGUACGAGGUGGCCGUGCCCCUCUGCAAGCAGGCCCUGGAAGACCUGGAGAAGACCUCCGGACACGACCAUCCAGACGUAGCCACCAUGCUCAACAUCCUGGCGCUGGUUUACAGGGAUCAGAACAAAUACAAGGAAGCAGCCAACCUGCUAAAUGAUGCUCUGGCCAUCAGAGAGAAGACUCUUGGCAGAGACCACCCUGCUGUGGCAGCCACCCUCAACAACCUGGCCGUCUUAUAUGGGAAGAGAGGGAAGUACAAGGAGGCGGAACCUCUCUGCAAGAGAGCGCUGGAGAUCAGGGAAAAGGUGUUGGGCAAGGACCACCCAGAUGUAGCCAAGCAGCUGAAUAACCUUGCCCUGCUGUGCCAGAACCAGGGCAAGUAUGAGGAGGUGGAGUAUUACUACAUGAGAGCGCUGGAGAUCUACCAGACCAAACUGGGACCAGACGACCCCAACGUGGCCAAAACCAAGAACAACCUGGCGUCCUGUUACCUAAAGCAGGGCAAGUUCAAGCAAGCAGAGACUCUUUAUAAAGAAAUCCUCACCCGCGCUCAUGAGAGGGAGUUUGGCUCUGUCGACGAUGAGAACAAACCCAUCUGGAUGCAUGCUGAGGAGAGGGAGGAACAAAGCAAGGGGAAGCAGAAGGACAGUUCACCGUUUGGAGAAUAUGGAGGCUGGUACAAAGCCUGUAAAGUUGACAGCCCCACAGUUACCACAACCCUGAAGAACCUGGGGGCCCUUUACAAGCGGCAGGGCAAGUUUGAGGCAGCGGAGACUCUGGAGGAGGCGGCCAUGCGUUCCAGAAAGCAGGGUCUGGACAAUGUGCACAAGCAGCGCGUUGCCGAGGUUCUCAGUGAACCCGAGGCCCGCGAGAAGCAGCGCAGCCGCGAGAGUCUGACCUCAGACACGGUGAAGUAUGAGAGCGGGCCGGACGGCGGCGAGGAAGUGAGUAUGAGCGUGGAGUGGAACGGGGACGGCUCCGGAUCCCUGAAGAGGAGCGGCUCCUUCAGUAAACUCCGAGCGUCGCUCCGUCGAAGCAGCGAGAAACUCGUCCGCAAGCUAAAAGGCGGCAGCUCGUCACGAGACGGCGAGCACAAAAAUCCCGGCAUGAAGCGAGCCAGCUCUCUGGGGGUGCUUAACUUGCCGGACAAGCCUGCCAGAGACCACUACCAAGAACGAAAUCAUCGUUUGAGAAAGCAUCACGACCUGAGUGCCAGCCAAACGGACCUGGCGCGUUGAAGGAAGUGAACCGACUCUGACCCAUGGACUGCCCUCUCUGUAAAUGGCUGUUUGUAGAAAAGCUUUAUCUGUUAAUCAUACUUUAGCAUCACGACACAAAGUGCUCACUGGACAGCCUGUAAACUAUGACUGCACUGUUGAAGGUCUGAGCUCUCAGCAGGGAGCUGGAGCUCCUUCCACUGGAAUGUACAGCGGCGUGAUGCGUGUUCCUUUCUGUGAGAGCGCCCUCGUUACUUCAUGCUGUCUCCUGGUUCCAGUCACCGUCCACUCUUAAAAUCUGAACAACACUGCAUGCAACGCUAGCGUUAGUUUGAAGGAGGACACAAACAGGAGUUUUACGUCACCAAAUCAGGGCUCUAAAUGAACUCCAAAACAAGUCACCUGCAAUCAAAAAUAACAACUUUUCUCAUUGAUAGUUAGGAUUUUCUUUAUUAGGAAAACUUGUUCAGAUUAUUGUGAACCUGGCUCUUCUGAAGAUAAUCCCAUGAUUAAAUAACUAAUAAAUCUGAACGGGAUAGAUUAUGGAUACGUUAUAGGAGGUUCUGUUAAAAGGUUAUGAGAAGUUAGAUUUUUAUUUAUUUUGCAAAUUCACUCUGGUCUUAUUUCUUUCUACAGAGACCUUCCUUUUCUUCUCUUAAACUUGUCCACAGUUUGCUUCUUGCAACUCUCAGCCAUAUUCAAAGUACAAAAGCUAUAAUGAAUGGCUAACACCGAAGCUAGCUGGAUACAUAAACACUAGAAGUUUGAUUGGCAUGUGGGACGAGCAGUAGAUAAGGUCAUACCCCAGGAAGUCGACCCUGUAAAAGAUCAUCCACUAUACCUUUAAACCAAAGAGGACCUAUACCCUCUUCAUAGAAGCUAAUGAUCUUUUAGACAGGAAAUGGUAGUUGGGCCUGGUGCUCCACCAAUGAUCUUCCUGGUAGAGACGUAGGCUGAGAAUGUAACAUUUCCUGUGUGCAGCUUCUGUGUAAAUAACGGCUUAAUAUAAAUAUUAAGGUAUAAAGUCUUACAGUAGUGUAAGGACAAACUGCUAUGAUGUUUCUAAGGUUGGAGUUUUAAAAUGGUACAAGUCUGCUUUUGUCUUCAGCAUCUGGGAUCAACUAAUCUGGAUUUAUAUCAAAUAAAGACACCAACAGUGUUACACUUAGGCUCAAAAUUAUACCUACCCUUUGUCCAUUUAGCUUUAAAGUAAUCUUUUCAUUUUCCCACCAUGCUUCUUCUGACUGGAAGUAAUAAUGUUUUAGUGUGGCCCAGACAAAGUCCUGACUUGAAUUAGAUUAAAAAAACAAACAAAAACAAAAAACAACAAAUGUGUAGACAAGGACGGCCUAUCAGUCUUAAGGAUCUGGAGCUCAUUACCAAAGAUAAGCUGGUUAGUAAUUUUAAUGGCUGGAUUGCUAUGAUGUCAAUCAAUAUUGUUCUAUUUGAUAGGAUUGAAGAACUUUAAAAUACAUUCUUUAAUAAAACAUAUGAAAAAUAUAAUUUUUCAGAAUUUAUAUUCCCGUUAAAUUGCUUUAUUAUCAUUUGAGAUACGCUGUUCUCAUUUCAAAUCAGAAACAGAAAAUAUUUUUAAUAUAUCUACUGCAUAUCAGAUGUUGACUACUUACAACCUUUUAAUAGAACCUCUUUUUAAAAAAAGCUAAGCUAUCCCUUUCAAACCUACAUUUCUGUUCAGUCAGGUUUUUAGGGUUACUCUCCAGCUCCAUUGUUUGUGAAAAUAUAAUCACCUCUGGCUCCAGAAUAACCCGCGAUGAUUGGGACUGAAUGGAGAAUUUGAUGUCCAUAAAAAAGUCAGUGAGCUAAAACCAGCAGUUCUCACAGUCUGUUAAUGAAACCCAACAAUUGUCCAAAGUUUGCCUCUUAAAAUAUCUGCAUUAGAAGAUGUCUGAGCUCUCAGUGCAAAAGUGAAACGCAACAAGGACCGUGAGGUUGUUGUGUCUAAGUGUCUAAGUUUAACGCUAGCUCCACAGUCUCAGGUCAGACUGGAGUUGUUGAAGGUGCAGAAGGCUCCUCUGUGUUUGAAGGACAGAAGGUGAAGCGCGUGUGGCCUCAUCUCAGCUGCUUCCUCCUCAAAUCCUCUGUGUUGAUGGAAGAUUUCCCUUCAGAUAUCUGAAGUCCUGUGUUUACAUUUUGUUUAAUGCUGGUUUAGUUGUAUUUAUCCAUGCUCUGUUGUGUAAAAUUGCUUUUAUGAUUAUGCAAAACGGUUUGACUUAACAGGACUUAAGAUUUGGUCCCGCUGUUAUCUGACCUGAAUGAACUGGAACACGACAGCUGUGGCUAAUUCUGCACAACUCUGAGUUAGUCCACAGGUUUGAACAGCUCCAGGAGGAAGAUCUCUAGUUGUUUUCAACAUUCGAUUGAGACAAAACUUUACACGAGUGAAGUGCAAUUUAUGACGAAGACUUUAAGGGGAUCUUAAACUGUAAACACAAAGAUGCAGCUUGUAUCCUGAUGCUUUUAUUCCGCGCGGUUUGUAGGUAAAACGUAUACAACACUGUAACCUGUGAUUUGUGUUGCGCUGAUCUUCACAGCAGCUGGAAGCUCUGCUUUAAUCGAUUCAUGCUGUCUAUAAAACUCUAAUUUAAUGUGUAAAGAUUAUUUUGAACCAAAGCUGUAAAAUUUACCCUUUUGAUUAAACGUUCCAGUCUUUCUGAA